AUAUGCAAAUCUGUUUCAGAAAAAUGUAGGUUUUAAAAUGGUUCGUGCUCUUCCAAGAGUUAUUUCUCCACCUAGUGCAUCCAACCUUGCUCCUAUUUUGUUGAACCCUGACACUUCUCAGGGCGUAACUGACUCACCUAGUCCUGUUUCAUACAACACUAUUAAUUCCCAAGAUACAACCAUCUCAUACUGUCCUGUUCCAGGUAAAUCAUCCUCUCCGACAUAUGAUGCCCAAGGGUGUCAAUCGUCCGACGAUCCUGAAGGAUCUUCCAGCAUUAAUGAAUACUCAGAUGAAUCUACCCUUAAUAUUGAACAGAUCCUCAACCUCACGGAGAAAUCUCUCGAUAUUGAAUCUCAGAAUAUCUUAAUUGUUACAGAGUCGCUUGAAGAAAAAAAUCGGGCUUCAGCGCCAGAUGAGAAGGAUGUUGAAGGUUCAGAGGAUGAGAAAUGGCAUGAUGAGGGUUUAGUGGGGGAAACUAAUCUAGGUGUACUACCAGACUUUAACUCUCUUCUUCAAUUAAAUCCAUCAACAACUUCUUCAUCUUCUUCGAAUUCGUCUGUUUAUUCCCCGCUUAUUCUUGAACAGUUUUCCUCUCCUAGCCUGGGUUCAGCUUCAUCCUAUAAAUUACCACUAACCCUUGGUUAUAUUCAACCAAGAGAGUUUAAGAAGAAAGCUAAGUCUUUUCCAGAAUACAGUGAUCUUCAGUCUUCCAGUUCCUUUACAGGUUUUCUCAGAUCUAAGGUUUUAAUGCAGAACACAAUAAAUCUUCCAAUCUGUGAUCUACAAUUACUAAUAAGAGAAUUAGCUGCGGAUAAUGAAAGGUUAAAGAUGGCUGUGCAUCAAACAAACAUUUAUCUUCUGAAAGAAAAGGCUGUUAUCUCGUAUUGGAUUGGAAAGCUAAAUGUUUCUCCUCUAGAGGGUGAGAAGACAAAGGAUUCUAAGAGUGGAGCUGAUUCUAAUAUAUCCGUCCAGAACCUUUCAAGUCAGCUCGAUGUAGCAGAGGAGGCUCAGGUUCAACUUUCACAGGAUCUACAGCGAGUAACAGCUGAGAAACUAGAACUUGUAAACCAUGUCUCCAGUCUCCAGCUUCAGCUGGAGCAUAGUAGACUGGAGAAACAGCAUGGAUUGGAAGAACUUGAUCGCCUCCAGCAAGAGAAAUGGGAACUGUCAGCUGUCAACACUGAUCUUCAACAGCGUCUUCAACAGACAGUUGCUCUUGCACAUAUGCAGGCAGAAGGGAAGGAUACGCGACUACAGGAGGAGUUGGGAACUUUACUAGUCCAGCUAGAAGAGGAAAGACAAGUGACCGCCAGGCUAAGUAAAAGCCUGGAACUUGAACGAAGGAAGGUUGAAAGUCUAGAGCAAAAAUCAAAGGGUUCCUCCGGGAAGAAGGACGGAGCUAGGAGAAGAUCAUCCCUUCUCCCUGAGGAAAUAAGAGAUAGUGAGACGCGACUUGUUGCAAGCAUGGAGCUUUACAGACAGCGCUGUGAUAAUCUUGGCGUAAGCCUUGCGGGUUGUCAGCAACAGCUUGAUCGAGACAGCUGGCAACCUGAUCUAGCAACAGAGAUAAAUAAGCUGCGGAAGCUGCUAAGUGAGGAGAAAAGAAGCUGCUAUGGAGAAGGUGCACGGUUAAAUGAAGUUCAUCAGCUCUUUGAACAGGUUUACCAUGAUUAUACAAGUGUACUGGAGACCAUGAAACAAUCCCAGCAGGAAAUAAAGAAAAUAAAGGGUCAAUCUGUUCUCGAGAAUAUCAAGGAAUCUAAUAUCAGGGAUAACAUGGAUAGUCUUACCGCCAGGUUGAUGGAUACAGAGGAAAGUCUUAUUAGAGAGAAGGAAACUUGUAGAACCCUUCAGGAAAGAUUGGCUCAAGCUGAGUUGGAGGUUGAGUCUUUGCCUUUACUUCGUGCCCAGGUUGAGGUAUACCAGAGUGAUUUUAACGCUGAGCGUGAAGCGCGUGAGCGUAUAGCUGGUGAGAAAGCAGAUUUAUUGGAUCAAAUUAACAAGAUGAGACAACAAACAGAUGCAGGAGGAUUAGAACCUAUCCCAGUACAACAGAGAACAAAUGUUUCACAACUUGGUAUAAGGACAGAAGGACAUCAGACUAGAAAUACAAGACCUGAAGGACAGCCCAGAUUAGAAGGGGAACUGGUUGGGAUUGUACGGGACCGGUUUAACCAGUUUGCAGACAAAGAAGAUGACCGGUUACCCUUGCCAGUCCGGCAACAUAACUUGAGGAAUACUAAUGGUGAGGAGAGAACUAUGGAGCUCAAUUGUCCAAAGUGUGGAAGAGAAUUCAGAAAUACCACACUUCUUACUAGACAUGUUAAUGAUUGUUUAGAUAGAGACUACUAGUAACUUGUUCAACGUUUAUCAAAGUUCUAAGAAUAUAUAUAUAUACUUUUAAACAUACGGGACUCUUGCCGAUUCAGACACGUUUGUGUCAAUGUUUUUUGCAGAAUUCAUCCUGACAGUGAAUACAAGAACUAAUAAUAUUGUUUUGUGUUUAUCACUUUCGUACUAAAUUAUCAUUAUCAAGCGAGACAUUUACACAGAACAUAAUUUUAAUUGACAUCAAUUACGAUCAAAUGCUGUUCUUACUGUGAACUAAAAUACUCGAGUAGAACCAUAUUAGAGACCCGUAGCAAAUAUUUAAAGCCAUUUCAGAUAAUAUACAUUUUAUAUACA